ACCACCUACGCCCAGAGGGCUGGUGAGAUUCGCGAAGUUGCAUACAUCCCGUUUCAGACAUCCCGGUUCAAUCAGACUUGGUGCAGCCUCCAUAUUGUUCGUAAUCAAUCCACACACACGCACACGCGAAACCAUUUGUUUUGCGGGUCCGUUCUUUUCUGUGACGUGGGAUGGCGGUCCAUAAGGCACCUUGGACCGUGCGGUCCGUGGUUGCAGUCGUCUUCAGCAUCAGCGUACCCACUGUGACCUCGAUCGGUGCGAGUUUCGAGGCGACGUGUGCAGAUGACGACGCUCAAAGUGUUUCGCUGGCAAGCGGCAUCGGCGUCAAUAUCAGUGGCUGUGCUGAGGUGCAGCCUUAUUGCGAGGAUGCGGCGUAUGGCGGCGUUGUGAAAGCGACCUGCCCUGCAACGUGUGGCCUCUGCAGGGCGGCCAGCCCCAGCAGCUCCCAGGCGGCUAAGGUGCUGAUGGACAGGAGCUCCAGGGGCUCCCGGGACGCGGAUGACCAACAGUCCUUGGACAGGGCUCUGGCGGCGAAAGGGCCCGACCCGACGCCGAGGCCGACGCCGUGGCCGACGCCGUGGCCGACGCGGUGGCCGACGCCGAGGCCGACGCCGUGGCCGACGCCGUGGCCGACGCGGUACCCGACGCCGAGGCCGACGCCGUGGCCGACGCCGAGGCCGACGCCGUGGCCGACGCCGAGGCCGACGCCCUAUCCGACGCCGAAGCCGACGCCGAACCCGACGCCGAACCCAACGCCGUAUCCGACGCCGAAGCCGACGCCGAACCCGACGCCGAACCCAACGCCGAAUCCGACGCCGUACCCGACGCCGUACCCGACGCCGUACCCGACGCCGAACCCGACGCCGUACCCGACGCCGUACCCGACGGCCUUCCCGACGCCGUACCCGACGGCCUUCCCGACGCCGUACCCGACGGCCUUCCCGACGCCCUAUCCAACAGCUUUUCCGACGGCCUUCCCGACGCCCUACCCAACAGCUUUCCCGACGCCGUACCCGACGGCCUUCCCGACGCCCUUCCCGACCCCUAGCCCGACGCCGAGCCCGACAUAUCCUGUGGGUUGGCCGACGCCACAACCGACGUUUCUUCCCGCAGCUCCUAUGGCGGGCGGAGCUGCCAGAGGCGUGGCUGCCACCGGCGAUCCACACCUUCAAAAUCUUCACGGCGAGCGGUUCGAUUUAAUGCGGGCGGGCAAACAUGUUCUGAUAAACAUCCCUCGUGGAGUGAGCGCUGAGGACGCAUUGCUUCGUGUGCAGACCGAUGCGCGCCGCUUGGGUGGAAGCUGUUCGGAAAUGUAUUUCCAAGAACUGAACAUUACAGGCUCUUGGGCAGAGGCUAAGCAAGUUGGAGGGUAUCACUACGGCGUACAGCAAAGCGUUAGGACGAAUCCGCAAUGGAUUGCUAUUGGUCGGGUAGAGCUGAAAGUCGUCCAUGGACGCACAGAGAGUGGCAUCCUGUACUUGAAUGUGUAUGUGAAGCAUUUAGGGCGAGCAGGGUUUGCUGUCGGAGGUUUGCUGGGGGAAGACGACCACAAGGACGCAAUGAUUCCCCCGGCGUCCUGUACCAAACACACUCGUUUGGCAGAAGCAGAGACGAGUGGCCAGGCUCCUUCCUCCGAGUCGUCGAUUGCAGCGGCAACCUUCGCGUGACCAUGCUGGAUACUUUGAAACGUGGUUAUAUGACAAGUACGCCCCUUCGGGUGACGCAUGCCGUAGUGUUUUCCUGCUCCAUCGAAAAAGAAGUAAAAACCUUUAAGUGCAAGCACUGCUUGGGGAAGAGGCAUCUCAAACAGUUCGCGGAUGCAUGACAUGACCUCUGGUGCC